GGGACGGUUGGAAGUCGGCUGCUGGGCAACAUGCUGCGAGUAAGUCUGUCACCCACCUUUUCGCUGGGAUUUCACCUGUUAGCUAUUGUGGCUGUCUUAUUUUCCCAUGUGGACCAUAUAAACGCCGAGACAGAGAUGGAAGGAGAAGGCAAUGAAACUAACCAGUGUACUGGCUCAUAUUACUGUAAGAAAGGGGUAAUUUUACCCAUUUGGGAGCCCCAAGACCCUUCCUUUGGGGACAAAAUUGCUAGAGCUACUGUGUAUUUUGUGGCCAUGGUCUACAUGUUUCUAGGAGUCUCUAUCAUUGCCGACCGGUUCAUGUCCUCCAUAGAAGUCAUCACGUCUCAAGAAAAAGAAAUAACCAUAAAGAAACCCAAUGGAGAGACCACCAAGACAACUGUGAGGAUCUGGAAUGAGACGGUUUCCAACCUGACCUUGAUGGCCCUGGGAUCUUCUGCUCCAGAGAUUCUCCUCUCCGUAAUCGAAGUGUGUGGCCAUAACUUCACUGCAGGGGACCUGGGUCCCAGCACCAUCGUGGGAAGUGCUGCCUUCAAUAUGUUCAUCAUCAUCGCACUUUGUGUUUACGUGGUCCCAGAUGGAGAGACGAGGAAGAUUAAGCAUCUGCGUGUGUUCUUUGUGACGGCAGCCUGGAGCAUCUUUGCCUAUACCUGGCUUUACAUUAUUUUGUCCGUCAUCUCUCCUGGGGUCGUGGAGGUCUGGGAAGGUUUGCUUACUUUCUUCUUCUUUCCCAUCUGUGUCGUGUUUGCUUGGGUUGCAGAUAGGAGGCUUCUGUUCUACAAGUAUGUCUACAAGAGGUAUCGGGCUGGCAAGCAGAGGGGAAUGAUUAUUGAACAUGAAGGAGACAGGCCAUCCUCCAAGACUGAGAUUGAAAUGGAUGGGAAAGUGGUCAAUUCCCAUGUGGACAAUUUCUUAGACGGCGCUUUGGUGCUGGAGGUGGAUGAGAGGGACCAGGACGAUGAGGAGGCUAGGCGAGAAAUGGCUAGGAUUUUGAAGGAACUCAAGCAGAAGCAUCCAGAUAAAGAAAUAGAGCAGUUAAUAGAAUUAGCUAACUACCAAGUCCUGAGUCAGCAGCAAAAAAGUCGAGCAUUUUACCGCAUUCAAGCUACUCGCCUGAUGACCGGAGCUGGUAACAUCUUAAAGAGGCACGCAGCUGACCAAGCAAGGAAGGCUGUCAGCAUGCACGAGGUCAACACGGAAGUGGCUGAAAAUGACCCGGUCAGUAAGAUCUUCUUCGAACAAGGGACCUACCAGUGUCUGGAGAACUGCGGCACCGUCGCCCUGACCAUCAUCCGCAGAGGUGGCGAUUUGACCAACACUGUGUUCGUGGACUUCAGAACUGAGGACGGCACAGCCAAUGCUGGGUCCGACUAUGAGUUCACUGAAGAAACGGUGGUCUUUAAGCCUGGCGAGACCCAGAAGGAGAUCAGAGUUGGCAUCAUCGACGAUGACAUCUUUGAGGAGGAUGAGAAUUUCCUCGUGCAUCUCAGCAACGUCAAAGUCUGUUCCGAAGCGUCCGAAGACGGCAUCCUGGAAGCCAACCACGUCUCGGCACUGGCUUGCCUCGGCUCCCCGUCCACAGCCACCGUGACCAUCUUCGAUGAUGACCACGCGGGCAUCUUUACUUUUGAGGAGUCCGUCACUCACGUGAGUGAGAGCAUUGGCAUCAUGGAGGUGAAAGUAUUGAGAACAUCGGGCGCUCGAGGAAAUGUUAUUGUUCCCUAUAAAACCAUCGAAGGGACUGCCAGAGGUGGAGGAGAAGACUUCGAGGACACCUGCGGGGAGCUUGAAUUUCAGAACGACGAAAUCGUCAAAACAAUAUCAGUCAAGGUAAUUGAUGAUGAGGAGUAUGAGAAAAACAAGACCUUCUACCUUGAGAUCGGAGAGCCCCGCCUGGUGGAGAUGAGUGAGAAGAAAGGUGGCUUCACGAUAACAGGCCAACCUGUCUUCAGGAAAGUUCAUGCUAGAGAACAUCCGAUCCCCUCUACUGUAAUCACCAUUGCAGAGGAAUGUGAUGACAAGCAGCCGCUGACCAGCAAAGAGGAGGAGGAGAGGCGCAUUGCAGAACUGGGACGCCCCAUCCUGGGAGAACACACUCGGCUGGAAGUGAUCAUCGAAGAAUCCUAUGAAUUCAAGAGUACCGUGGACAAACUUAUCAAGAAGACAAACCUCGCCCUUGUGGUCGGGACAAACAGCUGGAGGGAGCAGUUUAUUGAAGCCAUCACUGUCAGUGCUGGGGAAGAUGACGACGACGACGAAUGCGGAGAGGAGAAGCUGCCCUCGUGUUUCGAUUACGUGAUGCACUUUCUGACUGUGUUCUGGAAGGUCCUCUUUGCCUUCGUGCCGCCGACAGAGUACUGGAAUGGCUGGGCGUGUUUUAUCGUCUCCAUCAUCAUGAUUGGCGUCCUGACAGCUUUUAUUGGCGACCUGGCUUCCCACUUCGGCUGCACCAUUGGCCUGAAAGACUCCGUGACUGCGGUCGUGUUCGUCGCACUGGGAACUUCAGUACCAGACACUUUUGCAAGCAAAGUGGCAGCCACCCAGGACCAGUACGCAGACGCAUCCAUCGGUAACGUCACUGGCAGCAACGCGGUGAAUGUCUUCCUGGGAAUCGGUGUGGCCUGGUCCAUCGCUGCCAUCUACCACGCGGCCAACGGGGAACAGUUCAAAGUGUCCCCUGGCACACUAGCUUUCUCUGUCACUCUCUUCACCAUUUUUGCUUUCAUCAAUGUGGGGGUGCUGCUAUAUCGGCGGAGGCCAGAAAUCGGAGGUGAGCUGGGUGGGCCCCGGACUGCCAAGCUCCUCACAUCCUCCCUCUUUGUGCUCCUGUGGCUCUUGUACAUUUUCUUCUCCUCCUUGGAGGCCUACUGCCACAUAAAAGGCUUCUAAAGGAACAAUCAGAUACAGUAAAUUUAUAUAUAUAUACAUAUAUACAUAAAAAAAAUAUGUACAAUGAACAGAGGAAACUGACAUUUGUCAUGUUCUCUUACCUGCUGAUGGAAUCCAGCUUCAAGAGCAUACUUACUAGGGCUGAAGUGAGAAACCAUCACCUCCCAUCCCCAGGGGCGUCGUCACAUUGAACAAGGCGUGGAGGCAGGGCCAUCUUUGCGGUUCGGCCUAGAAGGGCUGUGUUCUCUCCAGGUUCAUACAUCGUCCAGUCUUUGAUUUGUUUUCUGUUUUGGCUUGUUUUCAGUGGGGGUUGGGAGGUAGUUGAUGUUUGCCUUUUAUUUUGUUUCAUUUUCGUUUUUUUUGUUGGGAAGAUCAGGGUUCUCGCUUCUCUCGUGGGAGGUGAUGACCAAGCUAAAUGCAAGUGGAUUUUUGGUAUAAGUUUAAGUCAUUCAGAUUAUUUUCCCUUCCCCCAAACACUUUACAAGUUAUUUUGGACUAAGCAAGGCUGUGGGCACAGAAGAAGCAGGAAGCACGUUUUCACCAUGUUCCUAACUCCAAGCUUAGCUCUGGAAUGUGAGCAGAGGUGAAGCUGCCUCCAAGAAGAAGCGUGGGAGCCGGACUGGAGCCAGGAAAAGUGAUGGUUCCCGAUACAGCUGAUAUUUAACGCUCUGAUGCCUGGCACUCUUGUUCAACAGGUCCAAGAGUAACAUGCCCAGAUUCCCAGGAACGCACAAAAUCCUCUAUUUCUUCUCUCUUUAGCUCUGGAUUGUGGUUAGCAAGGCCCUUAUUCUGGUGUUCCAGCCCAGCUAACUCCCCAGGUCCCCCACCCCACCGCCUCCUGCUACCCACCACUCUUCAUGCAAACAGAAAGAGUAACUCCAUUCAAAAAGCAUUUUCAUCCUUUUCCAUUUGCAUCAAUCCGUGUCCCAGUCCCCUGUUGCUGUCGCCUGGGAUCAUCUGUUGGUUUUAUUUUCCAAAGCAUCCAUGGCUUGCACAAUCCUGUUCCAGUCACGACUGAACAUUUGCUCCUUCUUCAUGUGCUUGUUUGGGAAUGUUGUCAUGAUACUUGUUACCCAGUGCAUGGACGAAAAACAAAUAAAACAAAACAAAGCGUUACCUGUAUAUAGUAGAGUAUAGCAUACACUGUUCUCCCAUCCAGCAACGUUAAUUGGACAUGGAAGACAUAAGGGAGUUUUCUUUUCACCUGAGCUGAAACUUUUGUGUUGUUAUUGAGCUUAUGACUAGGGAUUAAAGGAGAAGAUGGCUUCUUGUUGUUCAUGGAGCUGCACAUUCAUUUCUAAGAAGCAAUAACUGUCACGUGGGAAGUGAAAGCUAUGGCGAGGACAGCAGGCAAACUACAGAGUAUCUCCAUGGAGAAUUAGCCAUGUGGAACACACCAGAGGCCUCUAAAAACCACCUGCUGAUUCGGGAGGGCCGAGGAGAGAGGUACAGAGACGUGGAUGCGUUAGACGAGCCUAGGCUUCGAGAGCCUGUUUUCACAGCACCCCCCCCCCCCCGAAGUAUUUAUUUCACAUCUGCUCUGUCUGGCACAGAUGGUAGAUAGUGCUGGUUUGUUCAUUUUAUUUUUUAUGUCGAAGGCUAUUUUGAGCCCUGUUUCUUUCCCAGUCCAGACCCCUUUGAUUGUAUCUGCAGUUCCUGAGUAGGAAAGAAGCCAGGCUGACCAAAGGGUCUUUACAAGGGAGUCUUCUCUACUUACGACUGAGGGAUAAGCAUUUAAAGGAGAUGCGGGCCUCCCAGGAGGCCAGGGAUUUGUAACCCUGGAAAGGGAACGGCUCUUUCUAUUUCAAAAUACCAAAGAGCAUGGAUGAACCCACCUUCCAAAGUAGUGAGUUCACUGAUGAGAGAAAUGGAAUGUCACUGGUCCCCUCUCAGAGACCUCUCUAUAAAGAUUCCCAGGCUGGAGACACCCCUAACCUUCUGUAUUGAUUCAAAGAUACAUAAGAAAUAGAAACUGUUGAGAGCUAUUUUCUCUAUUUCCACUUGGUGAUUAUGAUCACUCAUCAUUUAAUAUAAAUAUCUGGUGACUGGAUGAAUAAUUAAAUGCUGGUUACCCGCUCAGUAUGCCAAGUACUAUGCUACCUCCUGGGGACUAAACCAUGAAGGGAAAAGCCCAGAUCCCUGCCCUCAGGGGGCCCACCGUUAAUCUGAUUGCUCUUUCUAUGAGUCAAAGUUAACCCAGCCACGUGGGAACAGAUUUAUCUUGCAAGGAAAAACACAAUGAUGAAACUUUAAAAAUAAACACAUUGAAACUGUGCAAAUACAAUUGUUCAGAAAAGAUACACAAGAUCUUUCCUGAACCAAGAGUAGAAAGCGUAGAUUAGGAAAAGUAUCCUAGGUGUCCUUGGCCAAUCUUGCAGAUACAUGCAUCUCCUCAUCUGAAACCAAGAAAGGCAAUCGUGUUGGUAUUCCGUACCACUGAGGAGGCCCAGUUAAUCCCAGUUUGUAUCUUGGUUUGACAACAGUACUUUUCUAUGCCCCACCCUCUACAAUUGUUAUCUCCUGGAGACUCACCUCUGACCUGUCAUGGCCCAACACACUGGUGACCUGACUCCUUUGGGGGUACAUUCUAGCCCCCCGCUUUUUGGAAGAUUUACUAAAUGGAAAGCUAGCCUAGAAACACCAAGUAAUUAUUGUCAAGGGAUAUGAGUUGUCUAAACAUUAGAAAGAUCUCACACUUAUUUUUAGCCAUAUUUGGAAUGUCAAUGAUCCCAUAGCAAAUUGUUACAGGGAACUUUUGAGAAAUUCUUACCAUUGGUCAAUUUCAAUUUCAAAUCUUUUGGGUUUGUUUGCUUUUAAAAUUUUUACGUUAUAGGGAAAAUAUGAUUCUGGUUGUUCAGGGUUUAUUAAUAAUUAUAGUUGUGUAAAAUUAUUUUAUUUUGUUUGAUUAUUCUAUUAUGUGUGUAUUGUGCACAGCUUUAAAGGAAAAUGCACUAAUUGUGCUGUUCCUUAUACAUGGUACACGUUACUGACACAGACAAAUAAAGUUUCUCAUUGUUUCUGACUUAAUCACUAGUGAUACAGCAUAUUCUGUAUGGAAUAUUUUCUCCCUUCUCA